UCACAGUUUGCCUUCAGAAAUCUUGACUUGCAACUUUCCAGGGUGGGUCUGUGAGAGAAUUUCAAAACGUACAUAGAUGAGACAUGUUGCUCCCGAGAACAAAGCUGACCACAACACCGGAGACUUCGCUCUGAGUACUCUUCACAAGCAAGGAGCAUCUUCUGGAGACUGACAUUUCGGAAAGAAUGUUCCAGGCAUUUAAAGAGUGGUUCUGGCUGGAAAGAUUUUGGCUUCCCCCAACAAUAAAGUGGUCAGACCUUGAGGAUCAUGAUGGACUAGUCUUCGUCAAACCUUCCCACUUGUAUAUGACAGCUCCGUAUGCUUUUCUCUUGCUGAUCAUCAGAUAUUUCUUUGAAAAGUUUAUUGCUACUCCUGUAGCAAAAGCAUUUGGCAUUCAAAAGCCAGUUCGAAAAAUUAUACCAAAUACCAUCUUAGAGAAUUUUUUCAAGAAUUCCUCUAGGCCGUUGCAAACUGAUAUUUAUGGACUGGCAAAGAAAUGUAACUUAACAGAGCGCCAAGUUGAAAGAUGGUUUCGGAGGCGGCGCAAUCAAGAGAGGCCUUGCAGGUUGAAGAAAUUCCAGGAAGUUUGCUGGCGAUUUGCAUUUUACUUACUGCUUACUAUUGCUGGAGUUGUAUUUCUCUAUGAUAAGCCUUGGGCGUAUGACUUCUGGGAGGUUUGGAGUGGCUAUCCCAGACAGCCCUUGCUGCCGUCUCAGUACUGGUACUACAUGUUAGAAAUGAGUUUUUAUUGGUCUCUCACAUUCAGCCUUGGCAGUGAUACCAAGAGGAAGGACUUUUUAGCUAAUGUUGUUCACCACCUGGCUGCCCUUAGUUUGAUGAGCUUCUCUUGGUGUGCUAAUUAUAUUCGCAGUGGGACCCUCGUGAUGAUUGUGCAUGAUGUCGCUGACAUCUGGCUGGAGUCUGCUAAGAUAUUUUCUUAUGCUGGAUGGAAGAAAACUUGUAACGCGCUGUUUUUAAUCUUCACCGUGGUCUUUUUCAUCACCCGCUUCAUUAUUUUUCCUUUGUGGAUCCUGCACUGCACACUCAUAAUGCCGCUGCACUACCUCGAGCCUUUCUUCUCCUACAUCUUCCUCAACCUGCAGUUGCUGAUUCUCCAGGGCCUGCACUUCUACUGGGGCUAUUUAAUCCUGAAGAUGAUUAAAAGAAAUAUAUUACAGAAGAACUUUAAAGAUGUGAGGAGUGAUGAAGAGGAAGAAGAGGAGGAAGAAGAGGAGGAGGAAGGGAAGGAGGAAGCUACCAAAGGCAAAGAGAGAAACUGUUUGAAGAAUGGCCUUGGAACCAACAAGCACCUCAUCCCCAAUGGUCAGCAUGGUCGUUAGUUUGAAGCCUACACGAUGCCCACAUAGAGUGUGCUGCAAGGACUGUUGGGAGCCUGCUACGCUCCCUAAUCAUUUUUCUGUGGCCAAGAGAACCACAGAGAUCCCAGAAUCUGCCCUUCCCUCUCUCUUUUUUGUUCCCUCCUAUGAUGUAUUUAACAAAAUGUUGCUAAUUUGUGUUAAAGUAUUAAAUAUGUGCAUGGCUAUGAAUUUUACUAUAGCUAGGAUGCAGGCUGGUCAGAAAUGUCAGAGAUUUCUCCAGAGCUCUGCCUCAGUUCUAAUUGUGCUCACUCAUGCCCUUGAGAGCCAUUGACUUUUUCAGGGCUGGCUUUGCAGCAGCCCUUGCCCCUCUCACCGUGCCCAGCUUCAGGAUGGUUUUAGCAGUGCUAAGGGGACCUGCGCCCUUCCAGGCACACUCAGCCCCAGAGAGCAGCUCAUUUUUUGGAGCAACGUCAGGAGCAGUAGUGGGACAGUUGCAGAAGGACCAGACAAGACACAAGGUCUAGGGUUUGCGACCAUCUCCUGCUGUGGUAGCUCAGGCUGCGGUCUGUUGUACAGUGGUUCUGCUUGCUGUGUGGGUGGGUGAGGGUGAGGAUCUGGUGAGAUGAGAGGACGAAUUGCACAUUGUCCCUGAGGGUUGUUAACGACCAUCUCCAUGCUAUGAUUCCCACAGUUUGAAAGACAGAAGCCUGGCUCUGCUUGGGAUAAGUGAGCAGAAAUCAAAGGUAGAAUCCUAUGUAAUUCCCCCAAAUGGGUCUGAGAUGCCCAGAGAUGCAGAUACCCUGAGGGCUGUCUCCAGCUGGUUCGCUGACUGCACAGUUGUUUCCCCAAGGAUAGUUCUUAAGCUCCUCUGGAAAUCUGCCCCCGAGGUCCUGUGGCCAAGGGAAUUUUGGCAUGUUUGCUCUUUAUCUUUUGCUGGUUUUCAUUGUUUUCCUCCCUAAGAGGGAAGCUUCCUUAAGCUACCCUGAGCCCUUUCUUUGGGCCAGCUGAGUUUCCCAUGGACUGUAGGUGUCCAAGGGGGCCCUAGCAGGGAGGUAGGGUGCAGGCCAGGUUGCACCAUGUCGCCUGCACAACCUGAGCCUCUGUGUGGCAUUCGUGGGAGCCGUCUGGCCUAAAGAGGUCUUAGGAUCAGAAAGAGGCAGCCACGGUUUUCAUCGCCAUCACCCAGCCAGUCACACUGCGUAUGUAAAACACAACAUGAAAGCCCACAGGGACGUCUAAGCACAGGCACCGAGUCACCUCCAGCCCUCUAUGAGGGGCAUGGGCAUUGUUGGAUCGGGGCUGGCUCUGUCUCCCCCUCCUCCGGGAAGGGCAAAUGGGAGCACUUCAACACAUCCUGUCCCCUCUGCAGCUUUGUCUCUGCAGGGGACCACAUCCUGGGCACAGUGGGCAGUGCUGACCUCAGGGCCUUUUCGGGUCCCCUUGAGUUGAGGCUGAGCCUUCCCGAGAACGUGCUUGUGCACGGUGUACCUGCUCCCUUCACCCUCAGCCUGCCCCUCACAGUUGGGGUUCAAUUUUGUGUCAUCAUCCUGUUUUGCUCAGGGUUCUGGCUAUAAAGCCCCAUGCACAGUGGGACUGUGGCCCCUCGAAGGUGAGACCCACAUGGCAGGCUGCCUGCGUCCAGUAGCAAGGGCCCUGCAUUCUGAGAAGUUCUGAGAUUUGGGGGUUUUAAUGAAAGUAGGUUUGUAAAACCUGCAAGCCAAGCAAAAACAAGAGGACAAAACCCUCUAGAAUUUUUUUCCCCAACAAAAUUUCUUGUUGUAGAAUCCUGGGAAAAAAACAAAUCUCAAAUUUUCUCUGCUUAUUAUUUGCUUCUCUAAGUACUGUAACUUACGCAUUGAUGUAGAAUGUGAUAUCAUAUAUGAGAAAUGACUUCACCCGAGGGCAUAAUUCUUCAUUUAUUGUUAUAUUGUUAUUAUAAUUGUUCUU